AUGAGUGUGACAUUUCAAGUUUCUAUAGUGAGUGAAGUGUUAAAAACUUUAGUUAAAAGUGGUGUAAUUGACGUGAUGUCUAAACAAGUCGUGAAGCUACAAAAUUUUUCCCAAAAAAAUUCAAAAGUGAAAAUGUUUUGUGUUUCCUCGUUGGAUGAGCUGCUAUUGAAAGGUGCUACUGCAUUUGCCUUAAACGGAAUUUGUGAAAUCGUUACAAGCUCAGAAGACAUUCUUUCGGACGACGAAGUUUUGUUUAUGCUGAAUAGUCAAUCGGAGUUUCUCUAUAUUCGAUUAAGUCAAUCUGAAAAUGACGGACAACAGAGUAACGAGACCGUAAAAGAGGCCGGGCAUCAGAGUAUUAUCGAGGCCGGGCAACAGAGUAAAGAAACCGGUCAGGAGAAUAACGAGGUAGAGCAACAGAGUAACGAGACUGGACAGGAGAAUAACGAGGCGGGACAAGAGAGUAACAUGGCAGCGUGUUUCCCCGUUGAUGAUAUUCUUAAACAAGGAAGAAUUGGUGUUAAAGGAGAUACAGCUAUUGAAAUAAUCGACCGACUCAAAGCAGUGGACUACCCCAAAAGUCGUUGCCUUGACAAAGAUCACUUUUUUCUUGUUAAGGCCACUGGAACUUGGUUGAUGAAAAAUUGUGAAAAACGCGAAAAUUUCCCUACAUUCAACGAAAUUUUAAAGAUGGCCAAAUCAAUUGUCUCUUUCUUUCCAUCAGCUGGUAGUUUCAACACUGAAUCACCGUGGGAUUUGUUUUUUGACGAUAAAACUCGCAAAGGUUCGUUAGAGUCCUACAUGAGAGGGAAACGAACAAGGAAGCAGCUUUCAGAUAAACGUUCAAAUAAGCGGCCCAAAACAGUCUUUUUGUGUCCUGAGGGGGAUUCUUAUACGGAAGAUGAAAUAAGGGAAGCAGAGGAGUUCAUGAGAUUUACACAAUUAGAUUCCAAUGACACAAGAAACCCCAAUUGCAGCGAAAUGCUUCGUUUGAUGAAAGUAACGUAUGAAAGCCGCUGGGCUUUCUUACAAAAUGGAUGCAAGGUUGACGCAUCUGUAUUUUUGAACAAAUAUCCUCGUCUUAAGGACAUGCCUGAAGCCGUAAGAGACGAAUUUUUUCGUUUAAAAGGGAGUACUUUGGAAACUUUUGCUUCAAAUUGGCGGAAAGCAGAAUGUAAAAUAAUAGAAUUUUGUAAACAGAAAUUUACGAAGAGUUUAGCCGUCUUAGAUAUCUUAAGGAAGGCAGAGGAAGCUGAAGAAAACUUUGAUAUUCCUGGACGCAUGAAAUGUGUCUUAAAGUUGACACUGCAUGCAGCAGCCAAUACGCAACCGUCCCAAAACAAAAAAGGAUCAACUGCUGACGGAUGGAAUCUUCUGUACCAGUCAUUCAAUGAAAUUCUUCUUCCGGAGGAGGCUGCAAAUCGUGCUAGCGACAUGGAGUUGCCUGGUGUCUUGGACAUAAAUGGGGCAUAUUACAUCAAGAUCGACAAUUCGGCUGUAGCUCUUACUGAAACGAAAUCUUUUGAACAAUCAGUGGGUUAUUUGCUAAUGUACUAUCACAUCCUAGACAUCAAUUAUCCUUCAAAAUUGAAAUUUGUUUAUGGAUUUCUUGAAACUAUGUUUGAAAUUGUCCCCUCAAUGAAUCCAUCCAAAAAAAUGAAAGAUUUGUGUUCCUUUGUUUUCAAUUGAAGUAUAUGUACUUUUGUCUAAAAUAAAGUGACAUAUUAUAGC